GCAGAUCAGCAAGCGACCUCACCGCAUUCUGAUUCAACAUCGUCAUCCACUACGGUGCCAGAGCAACAACGUCGUCGUUGCAAGACCAUUAAAGAAACGAACGAUCCCACACACCCGCUUUCGAGGCCUUGUGCCAAUGACGCAUGCACCACAAUUGUUGCUUAUCUAAUGCAGUUCAAUAAGAGUUCAGACGAAGAAUUUUCUCGUAAAGCCAUUGAAUCCUUGACGAAAAAACUAAAAGAUAAACGCGACGAACUGGAUGCAUUGAUUGCUUGUUGUGGAAGUGAAGGGAAAGAAGCGGAUAAGUGUGUGACUAUAGCACGGACGCUCGACGGUCGUUUGCAGGUAGCUGGCCGAAAAGGUUUUCCUCACGUGGUCUAUGCUCGCGUAUUUCGAUGGCCAGAUUUGCACAAAAACGAACUGCGGCAUCUCAGUAUAUGUGAAUGCGCGUUCGACUUGAAGUGUGAUUCGGUGUGUGUGAAUCCUUAUCAUUGCGAACGUAUUAUGAAUCCAACGCUUAACAACUUGUGCAACUUGGACUUGACGUCGCUAAAGCUGGAGCAUCGCUCACCAUCAGAGGGAAGCGAUGUUGAUUCUGAUAGGCUUGCUGCGCUUUACAGAUAUGUGUCUACUUACCUUGAUUUAUUUCGGCGCCAGUGGAGAUACCGCUUGUUUAGAGAUUACCAAGCUGAAGGAACUUGGAACGCAGGAGCUCCAUUUGGGCAACAGCAGUCUCAAAAAAUUCCUCCUCGAGGUCAAACUCCGUUCACUGCUGCUUACCCUCCUGCCCAGGCCUCCACAUGGGGUCAAGCAAAACCGAUAAUCCAUCCAUCAGGAAUGCCAAGUGGGCAGAUGUUUCCUGUGCCAGACAAAUUAGCCGUGGCCGCUGCCAUGCUACCUCCGAAUGAGAUCCUUCAGCAGCCGCAACGACCUCCUCAACCAGAUUUUUCUCAUCUCCGGUUUGAUGUGGACCAGUACCAAGCAAACCAUUCAACACAGGAGCAACAACAGCAAGCCUUAAUGACUAGCGCUCAACAGCUACUCUACCAGCAACAUGCCGAACAACUUCAAAAUCGUCAGCUGCACGUCAACCUACAGACGUCUCCACAUUUGCAUAGUCCUCAAAGUGUGCAUCUUCAGCAACAUAGGCAGUCUGCGUUCGUGGAUCCGUCAUCACUUGCACAGUCACAACCUCAUCUUCUUCUACCACUACGACGACGACUGGACGAUAAUACUGUACAAGAGCCGCCAAGUGCGUGUGUUCACUCAAGCCAAGCUAACACCGCACCGAGUGUCAUGCCUGAUGACAAUGACAGAAAACCCCUAUCACGACCCCUCCCCGGUCACCCGUAUGGCAACUUGUUUGAUUCUAACUGGGGAUGCUUCGUCUAUUACGAGAAAGAAGUGCAGAUUGGAAGGCUUCAGGUGAAGCACUCUGAUAUGUAUAUCGACGGCGGGUUCGGUCAAGCUUCAAAUAGAUAUUGUCUUGGACGUGAGAACAAUCCGUUACGGGAGCACUACUGUCAUCUCGUGAGGCAAACUAUUGGAGAUGGCAUACGAUUAUCGUUUAAAGAAAACGGUGAUGUGUGGGUGCAGGUCUACACGGGGCGUGCAAUAUUCGUUCACUCGCAUUACCUCGAUCGAGAAUCAGGACGUAGUACCGGUGAUGUUGUACAUAAAGUCUAUCCUGGCGCAAAAAUAAAGAUAUUCGACUUGAACAAUGCAAAAGCAAUCCUUCGCCAACAUAUGGUCGCCUGCCAAAUGGCUAAGGAAUACCUGGCUGGACAGAAGACCCCAAUGGAUGAUUUGUUUCGAAUGUAUAAGAAGGAUAAACUUGACGAGGAAGCAAAAAAGGGUGCAGAUGACAUGAAGCGGUUUUGUGUGGCACGGAUAUCAUUUGUUAAAGGAUGGGGACCAGACUAUAGUCGCAAAACCAUCAGUGAAUGCCCGUGUUGGAUUGAAGUGAAGAUGAAUAGAGCUUUCCAGUAUUUGGACGAGCUGAUGCAUGAGAUAUGA